AUGGCCGCCACCCCGGCCGCAGUCACCUGCGAGAAUGAUCCAAAUUUUGGAACCAUCCUCUCGUUCAUGGAACAGUUCGGCCCAUUCCUGGACGUCGGCGAGUGGAACAUUGCCGAGCUCCGGUCGAUGCUAGUGAACACCGAAACGGUUCCUCAACCACUGGCGGAUCUGCACAUCAAGCUAAUGCGGAAGAUCAACAAAAAGGUACCGGCAGCCCGCUGGGAGCUGGCGUUGGCCAAAUUCGCACACUCGUACUCGCACCAAGACGCCUGGGAAAUCGAACGGUUCGGCUACAAAACGGCCAAUUUGGCCGUGAAGCUGCGCGUCCUGAAGGCAUUGCUCGAGGGACAGUUCGAUUUGAACACAAAGUUUAAAGCCCACAUCAACACGACCGGUGCCGGCGAGCUGCGGUUGGAACCGCUGGGCCGCGACCGGCAGGGCAACUGUUACUGGUACUUUAUGGACGAGAGUGCCAACCUGCAGAUCUAUCAAACGGACGCGGAGAUGGACACGUGGACACUGGUGGCCAGCAAUCGGGAAGAGUUUGUAAACGUGAUCGAGAUGCUGAAGGAGAAUCGACCGAUCCAACCGCUUCCGAUGGCGAUGCCAGUGGAAGAGGAAGACGAGGAAGAGGACGAGAGUGCCGAGAGUACGAGUGAAUCGGAAGCGAUGCGUCUGGGCACGAUUCCGGCACCGACGGAAGCACUGCCCAGUUUGAUCAUAUCGCGCCGCACGUACAAGACUGCCGAAUCCUCCGUGACCGGCGAGACUGGCGAAGAAACAAAGAAUGGCAGCAAACUGGACGUGGUAGAGGAUGAGAUAGAGGCGACACCGGAUGGAGGCAAAGUGCUUGCAGAAUCGCUCGGUGAGGAACCACCGAGAGAUAGUUCCGAACAGCAAGAACAGCCUUCCAGCGGACUGUCGGAAAUGAAGACGGACGACGGAGCUGACCCGGAACCGGUGGCGAGUGGUGAGCCCAUGGAUCUUGCAUCGGAAAACCGGACCGACACGGAAGAAGCGAUAUUGAAGGAAGAGGACAAGAGCAUAAAAAUGGACGUGGACGAGGAGCAGGAGCAAGUGCCUUCACCAAAGGUGGAGCCAGAUGAGUCGAAAGUGCAUACGAAUAAUGCAGCGGACCAGCCGACCGCCAAGGUGGAUUGCGCGGAGACGAACGAACCGGUGACCGAUAAAAAAGUUGAAGUUGAAGCGGAUGACACCGAGAAGCCGCCACGGGACGAAGAACCCAGCAAGGAAGCGAUGGUGGGAGAAGCGAUCGAAGAUCCACCGUUGGUGGUACAAGGCGCCGGAACUGGGGCCGAGUGCGACAGUAGUGUGGAGCCCAUGUUUAGCGAAGUAGUCGAAGAACCGAUCAUGUUUUUCUACGGAUUCGGCACCGGAGCAGACAACGAUAUGGGUAACACGAAGAAGCUGGAAGCGACAGAACCUGCAACGCACGAAACUACGGCUGCGAAAGGGGCCGGAAAUGGCGAGGGCAAUCCGCAUUCACCUCCCGUCGAUACCAAGCCGGAGGAGGGCGAUGGCAAUGGAGUGGCCCCGUCGAAGAACGCACCAUUAUCUACCAAAGAAGGCAUCGAAUCGGAAGAAGGCAUCGAGCAGCAGCGACAGCGGCAUGGUGACGGUGACGGCGCAAACGAUGGAGCCGAUGCGGAGGAACUGCCUGGGAAAACGGACCCCAAACAGAAACCCUCGGAUGAUUCGAAACAAAACAGCCGAAAGUCUUCGCCAGCCGUACGCGGCAAAAGACCCGAAAACCGGGACGAAGCCGUGACUGCUGUGCUUGUGGAGAGAAAGCGUGGCCCCGGCCGAAAAGCGGCCGCUCCAAGAAAGCUCCUAACAACGAUAGCACCAACGGAAGAAGCCUCGUCACAGGAAGAGGAACUGGAAGUGUACAGCAAGCUAGUGACCCCGGAGGGCACAACGAAAGCGGAUGGCGUGAAGGAAGCCGAGGAUGCAAAAAGUCCACUAAAGACGGAGAAAAACGGUGACCACCGGCCCGCCACACAGUCGGUGGGCGAGAAAGAAGCUCUGAAAAAGGAAUUGACACCCGAGCGGAUGGUGGAGGCGUCGGCCGUCGCGAAACAUGAACCAUCUUCCGACCACACGGAAGUGGAACAGAAAGCGGAACCAAAGCAGGAACACGAACCCGAUCGUAAAGAUUUGGCGGUGGACCCUGCAGAGGAUCAGAAGCCAGAGAUCGCCGUGGGGAUAAAACAAGAGGAAUCCAACGAAGCGGAGGCACCGCCAGUCGCGGAAGAAGCGGAAGACAAACAAAGUCCAGGAAAGCGGAAGCGGCGCCAUCGGAACGGAUUAGUCGACGGCCUGGACAUCUCGAUGGUGCUGGUGGAUGGUGCGGGCUCGGACGGCGGUAAUAAUCCGCCGGUUCGCCAGUCCCGUCGGAUCGCGAUGCAGAAGAUCAAGGAGGAGUCGAACCGACGGCAGAUCGAGGAUCAGAUGCUGAAGAAGAUGAAGGCGGAUGCGGUGCAGAAGAAGAAGGAUCUGGGCAUGAAGGUGUCCGACGAGGAGUAUCGGCUGGGCAAAUCGUCGUCCUCGGAGUCGGACAGUAGCAGCUCGGACGGCGGCCUGGGCGCGGACGGUCGGCGGCGGAAGAAGAAGAAGAAAAGGAAGAAGAAAAGCCUCGCGCAGCAGCAGCUGGACGAGCAGCUGCUGGCCAAGGCGAAGCAGUCGACGUGGAACAGUGCCACGUCACCGGAGAGCAGCUCGGAGACGGAGGCGGAGGAUUACUUCGUGGAGCACUACCACUCGGAGGAGGACGUCCGGCGGAGCCACGUGCUGAAGUCGGACCACGAGUUUUCGCCCGAGUCGGACCUAGAGUCGGAAGCGCCGGCGCAACCACUGAAGCGGGCCCGUACCGCCCGCAAGGCCCGACGCGCCCGCGACGAAGAGGAAGACGAGAGGGAGGAGGAGGCGGAGGACGAUGAAGCGGACCACGCGUGCCAGGAGUGUAAAACGACGGACCAACCGGAGUGGAUUCUGCUGUGCGAUUCGUGCGACAAGGGGUACCACUGUGCGUGCCUCAAGCCGAUCCUGUUCUCCAUCCCCGAGGGCGACUGGUUCUGUCCGGUGUGCCAGCACCGGCAGCUGAUCGAGCGGCUCGAGUCGAAGCUGACCGUAUUCGAUGCCCUGCGCACGAAACUGGUGGCGGACGAGAAGCGACGCCUGGAGGAAGAACAGACGGCACGGGAGGCCGAGCUGGCCGAGCUGGCGCUGGUCGAGCGGCGCGAAGAGCAACUGCGGGCGGAAAAGCGUGCCCGGCAGCAGCAGCGGUUGCUGGAGCGUGCUGAAGCCGAAGCGAAUCGAACGGCAGCACGGGAAGCGGCCGGCGGUGACGACGGUGGCUCGCCAAUGGAGUCCGACGACGAGACGGAGGGCCAGCGGCAACGCCGUAAACGACGCCACCAGCGACGCCAGCGACGAGCACCGAAACGGCGUCGCGGAUCCGGCGAUCGCGCUUCCCAAUCGAGCCAAUCGAGCAGCGAUGGCUCGGACGGUGACGGCAGUGGUCGCCGCAGCGUGCGUAGCGGUAGCGAUGAUAACACCGACUCCGACGACAUACCCAUCUACAAGCUGCGGCGUCGGGCAUCGGCCAAGGUGAGCUACAAGUUCAACGAGUACGAUAAUCUGAUCGACUCGGCGAUCCGGCGCGAAAUGCGCAACUGUGACCCGGUGCCUGCCGAUGAUGCCGAAGUGGACCAGGAGGACGAACCGGAGGAAGAGGAGGACGACGACGAUGAGCGGCACGGAAUGUCCAAGGGGAAGGACAUUAGCACGAUCAUCGAGGCGGAGGAGGAGGCACGCCGAAAGCAGGCCCUGCUGGCCGAGGGAAAAGAGCACCCCGAAGGAACCGGCGGCAGCGACGGCGGCGACGGCGAUCGGUUAGUGAAUGGCGGGGAUCCGGCUUCGGUAGCCGAUCGGAAGGUUGCCAAAGACGAGGACGACGGGGUCGCGGGAGGACGCAAACCGGCGGCAGUGGCCGGAAAUCGGGCCGCCGGGCAGAAGAAGCGCAAAAAGAAGAAGAAGCUGUGCAAGAUCGAGUUCAGCUCGGAGGAAGAGGCAGACGACGACUCGGACGAAGACUUCCGGGGCGAUGUGAGCGGAUCGGACGACGAGGAGGACGAGGAGGAAGACGAUGACGACGAGGACGACGAGACGGGGACGGGGGACAGCGAGAGCUCGCUGGAGGUGCGUCGUCGCGGCGCUGGAGGCGUCGGUGGAGGCCGGAGACCGAGCGGUCGGGCUGCGGUCAGCAAGCGGCGGCGGAUCGUGGAGAACUCGGACGAUUCCGACGAGGAAGAGGAAGCCCGCCGAAGCGCGGCUAAGAGUAGGAAGAACCGCAAGAAGGGCGUACUGGCGGACGAUAGUGACGAUCCCGAUCUGGAGCUGGACGACGAGGACGAAGAGGAGGACAGCGAAGACUACGACAGUGACGAUCUGUGCAGUGACACGGAAACGGAAAGCAGUCGGAACAGUAGCAGCAACAGCAACAGCAGCAGCAGUACCGGGGCCAGCAGCAGCGACGGCGAUUGGAGGCGCAAUAAGAAAAAGUCCAAAUCGAAGGGUGGCAGCAAAACGGCCGCUGGCGGGAAGGGUGGCGUUGGUGGCGGCAAGCACCUCGAGCGACCACCGAAGAAGGCUGGCUCGAAAGCGAAUCGGCCGCUGGCAUCGAGCGAGAGCGAAAGCGACGGCAGUAGGAGCAGCGCGGCCGGCGGUGAUGGUGCGGCCGGUGGCAAGGGCAAGGGAGGAGGUGGCAAAACGAUGCCACGCAUCGCGAAGAAGCAGUGCAAAAAGGGCUCCGGAAAGGGAGCCGCCGGCGGGAGCUCGGCGGAUGGUGAAGAUGGCGCGAAGAAGACGGACCGGAAAACGCGCGGCAAAAAGAUUCACUACAUCGUGGAUGAAGAUUUCGAAAGCUCCGACGACGGUAUCCGGCCGGGAGUGCAGCGACCCGACACGCCGCCGGAGGAGCGGGAACAGUUCAUACGGCGGCAGGAAGAAAUCAAGCGCAUGCUGGCGGAGAACAACGCGGCCAAGGCGAAGGAAUUGGCCAACUCGAAGAUCGAUCCGCUCGGGGCGGGCAAGGAUGGGCCGAAGGACGGAUCGCUGUCGGACGUGCCGAUGCAGGUGAUCGAGAGCGCCCGGAUACUGGACAUCGAUUUCCUCAAGAGCACCAGCGGCAACACGGCCCGCAUCGCGACCGUAGACUCGGUGGUCGAUUUCGACGACGAGCUGCCGGAGGAUUUCGAUCCGAACGCCGACGACAUGGACGAGGAAGCGCUGGCCAAGAUAAUGGAGGAGGAAGACUUUGCCCACCAUCAGCUGAAACCUUCGGCGACGGCGGUGGCGACCGUGGCUGCGGCAACGGCCACCGGUGGUGCCCCGCAGCCGGAAGGUUUGCCAACGGGAACUCCGUCGAAAAAUCGUCGCAAGUCACACGAUCCAGAUGAGUUUCUGCUGCAGCAAGCACGUGCUGCCGGUGGCGCUGCUGUUGCUCGAGUCCCGCCACCCGGCAAGGAGCAUCAUCUGCAUCCAAUGAAUUUAGCACAAUCCGGAGCGGGUCCGGUUGGCACGCCGUAUCCGCCAGCCGUGCAAAGUCCGAUGAAGGCCUUACUGAAGCCCACACUACCGCCUCCGGGGUCACCGAUCACCGGCAUUCCCACGUCCACCAUAAUGAGUGCGGCCAGUGCCGGGCCCGCCGGUACUAUUCUGGCCAGCGCGUUGCAAACGGGGCCGCAGCAACACCAUCCAACGGUACCGCCGCCACCGUUGCUUAAAGAGCACCCGGGAGCUCCGGGUGGGAUGCGGCCGGACAUUCUAAUGCGCGGACCGCCGGGAAGCAACCUUCAGCAUCACCCAUCGCUGGCGGCCUUUGUCGCCGGCACCGGUGGUCCCGGUUUGCACCACAAACCGGAGCUGGCACACCUGAUCAGUGGACUGGCGGCCGGUGUCCCGUUACCGAAGGGUGGUCCACCACCGACGCACCAUUCCAGUCCACAGCACCACCACCUCCAUCACGCGCACCGGUUGCCACCGGGUGCGAUGCCGCUUCCCGCUGCGUCUAUGCUCGGUCAUGUGCCGCAUCUAAAACCACAUCCGGGCCUACCACCGACGACGGCCACGGUGGCCGUUCCGGUAACAGCUGCACCACAAAUAGCACCGAUUGGUCCCGCGCCGCAUCAAGCUUCUGCGACGGCAGCGGCCGAGCGGCGUCCCGGGCGUAGAAAGAAGAUUACGCCGCUUCGAGAGGACUUGAAACGAAGAGGAGGGCCUCCACUAUCGCCAACGUCAGGACCUCCAGGUGCUCAGGAUGCAGCAGCAGCAUCACCAGUGGCACCAGGGGCACCACCGUCACAAGUGCCCGGACCACCGGCACAUCAACAGGUGUUGCCGCCGCCAAUGGCGCGCCAUCCACACCAGUCGCCACUGUUGCCCCAUCUACACCACGGGCACGCCGGCGGUGUGCGAUUGCCACCGGUAUCGCUGGGAGGGACCACGGGUCCACCGAUGGUAGGCGGCCUGCGUCCGCCGCCCAUCUCCACCAGCCAUAAUACAAUUCAACAGAAUGCAUCGGCCAUCGCUGCUGCAGCGGCGGCCGCGGCAGCAGCUGCUGCCGCGCAAGAAAUAGCGAUUAAGGUACAUUCCCGGCCGGACGGGGCCAAUGGUGGCGGCGGUGGUGGUAUGCACGCGAACGAGCCACCCAUCUCGGUGCCCUCUUCCGUGUCACAUCUAUCGUAUUUAUCGGAGAACCCACUGUUCGCCCAUCGCCUCGGUCCCUUGCCCAGCAGUAUUCUCGCUUCCAGCAGCUCCAGCUUGCAGCGGAUAGCGGCGAUGAGUGGGGCUGCCGGUCCACCGGCAGCCGUGUUCGGUGACCCGGCGGCAGCGUAUAACGGUGGCUGGAAACCACCGGGGAAACCGAAAGCAUCGAGUGGACCACCACCGACUGCUCCGCCAUCGGGCGGCAUGAUGAUGGGUCCUCCGGUUGGCUCGUUGGAACAUUAUCAUGAUUACAACCCGGCGAGUCAUUACAAUCCGUACUACAACGUGCUGGACCGUGCGCACCAUCUCAGGCCUCCGCCACCAUCGCUCGGGGAGCUGCAUCGCACCAGCGCCCUGUCGCCGACCACGUUCACCACACUGCAGCCCCUAGAGUUUCAGCACGUCCUGAAACCGGGCGGAGAAAAUCAUCAUCAUCAUCAUGUUCCACCGCAUCAUCACCACCACCAUCAUCAUGCAGCGACAUCGGCUGCGGCAGCGGCGGCAGCUGCGGCGGCGGCGGCAGCGGCCACGGUUGCUUCCGUAGCACCCGCAGCGUCGGCAGGAGACGAAGGCGCUCCGACACCGCACGGCAGUGUUCCGCCUUCGCCCUCGUCCAGGACAGCACCGGCCGAGCACGCGGCGGCCGCCGUUGGCGCAACAUCGCCUCCUUCGACGGGCCCUAACGCGAGCGGCGGAGAAGAGGGAGGACGGUCACCGAGGUCACCGUUGGCGCCCGCGUCGGGCGUGUCCGCUGGCGCCGCGACGUCCUCCAGUGCGAGCAGCAGCGUUUUCGGCGAGCUCGUCAGCUACUUCAGUUCCCAGCAGGAUGAUUUAGAUUCGUAAUAUAUUUAAACCACAACAUGGCCGCGCAAUGGCACUGGCGGAAGCAGCCAAACGCGCCACAUCUCUAGAAUCAAACUAAACGUACUACUCUCCAGCACCUACACUAGUGGGCCGGGCGCAACAAAGGGGCACCCUUUGGAGACCCUUCCCCGUCCCGUAUAGUGCAACCCCUGGCAGCCCGGUGCCCCGAGUGGCCCCAACAAGGAAGAGGAAUGUGGUGCUUGCGGUGGUUGGUAGAUGAAAAUAUAUUUGUUUGUAAUAAGAAAGUUACGAGAUAUACUCACAGGAGAAGAGAAACAUCAGCCCGCACACUUACACGUACGUAUGUGUGCGGGCAGCGCGUUUGG